AUGUUCCGAAACCUGACGUACGGAUGUGACGAGUCUGCGAUAAUCACACGCCCUGUCCGACUGCCCAGAGCUGAGCAGGCUGCGCAUUACUAUAGAGCCGGCCAUCUCGAGCCUUCUGAGUCCCCUACCCCCAAACACGCGGAUUGUACAAGCGCCGAGGUCAACCCUCAGAUCUCUCACCAAGCUCGACAUCAGACCAAUGAGAGAGUGCACGGUUCAGCCAGCCAGCAUCUCGCCCGCAAUCCUCACGUACCUGUCGAGAAUGACGCAGCUGCAGGAGCUCCGCCUGAUUGGAACGUCUCGCGGUGGACGGAUGGGGCUCUGGAGCCGUGGGACGUUCCCCCCCAACAACGCUUCGGAUGCGAUCAGAGAGGGAUGAGCCAACUCAAGACGUUCCAACUCAGCCUCCCCGGCGUCUACUCCCUCACGCCCGGCCAGGGAAGCCGCCAGCACAUGUUGGAGUCGAUUGCACGCAACAACCAAGAGAUAGAGGAGCUGGUUCUCGACGCGAGCCUGCGGCUGCCAGCAGCAUCUUCUUCCUGGCGGCCCCCACCACCAAACUCGACACGCCACGACACCGGGAAAUCAAUGAAGAUAACCCUCCACUCCAUCAGCAUUCCAAGGGAAGGAGAGCCGGGCCGGUCGAUGAGGGCGUAG